UCUAAUUUUAUCCAAAAUGGCCAAUUUUUCAUAAAUUUUCUCGAGGUGCGGUGCAUUUUUACCCGUAAUUCGUUUGUUAUCGAGCGUGGCCAACAAUCGACAGAUCAUGUACUCGAGAAACCGCAACAAAGGGUUUGGCAAGCGACGCACCAUCCUUCAGCUUGACGAUGACAAUCCUGACUCGUCGACACCAACAAAAAAUUUGGGAAGAACUGGGAGUAGUAAUGCCCUGUCUGCCCUUGGCAGUUAUGAUAACGGUGAGGAGGAAGAUGAGGCGGAGCAAGCAGAAACUCCCCCUCGACCCCCGGAGCCAGAGACUGACCCAUCUCCAACACCUGAUGUGAUGAAUGGGAUGGGCCAGCGUGAAGUCACCCCUCCCGCGUUACCCGCCCCUUCGGGCAAGCCCGGUGGCGACAUCGACAUGCAGGUGGCGAACUUCCUCGCUGAAAUUGAAUCCAUUGACGUGCCGGAAGAUGCCGCCGAAGCGGUCGAAGAAGCUGAAGAAGAAGAUGAAGAGAUGUUUGAUAUGGCAGAACCUAAAAGUCUUUGGCAGCAAUGUCUAGAUGAAGGCACGCAGUGUUAUUAUUACUGGCACGUGGACACGAACGAGGUCACAUGGGAGAUCCCAGAGGACUACACUCAAUACUUGCUCCUGUUCAAGGAAUAUGAAGAGGCCAUGGUGGCAUUUGAGUCGCGGAGGGCGACUAGAGCAGAGGAGAGGAAGAAUCGUCUGGAGGGAAAGAAAAGAUCUGUGAGAUCAAAACCUACAGCGGAGAAAGACACAACUCGUACAGUUUCACCUGUUCCUAUGGCUACUCUACCUGAAACCGUACCGCUGCCUCCAUCGAUAGUUGAACCACCACCCCCGGACACAGUAGGACCGCAGUUACUCGCACCGGUGUCGGGGGCAAAUAGGCCGGAGUCUAGCCAAAUGGAAGGACCCCAACUUCCUGAGGCAGAACCAAAAACAAUAGGGCCACAAUUGUUUUAUAGCGACUACCCUGACUCACCUCCGCAAUCGCCAACAGAACAGAAAACUUUGUACGGAAAUCUUGCGAAAUUAUCCGCCGAUUCUAACGAUGAGGUCACUGACUCAUUGGCACCUAAAUUUCAUUUCUCGCGCUCUGGACUCGGGGCGUCUGCGUCAUCGCGUAGUAAUAGCCCCCUGGUGCAAGGAUACGACAGCGAUCCUGGCGAGAAAGAUUUUGAUUGGUUCCGUCGCGACCAGCGUGGUGCGGAGCUGGUGAAAAAGGAAGAGAAGAAGUCGUUCGCGAUGAAAUUUGUCAAGGGGAAGACUUUAGAUGAGGAAAAAGUCGAAUUGAAGACAAAAGGUGACGACGUUACGACUAAAAUUGAUCGUAAUGAGUUGCUGCAGCGGAUUAGGUCGGGCGGUUCGAGUUGGCUCAAGGCCAAGAAGAAGGGUUUGGAGGUUGGCCCGCAGCUGCCUGCGUCCAGUGAUGUGGAGGUUGCCGCCGAUACUGCUGAAGGGGACGAGGAUGAGGAUGACAUGUUGGAGAGAGAGCUGGAGAGACGGAAGGCCGAAUUAGAACAGCUCGAAGCAGCCGAGGAUGAUGACGUAUCGCAAGGAGAGGUUGCCAUGACGACAGAACCGACUGCUAAGAGGGAAUCACCGGAUCCUGAUUCGGCUGCACUGCCUGUGGACGAAAAACCACCGCCAACGAAAAAGAUGAAAACUGAAAAAAGUGAAAAUUCUGAAAAUCCUGAAGAACCCUCAUCACGAGAAAAGCAUGAACUCAAGAAAGAGCAAGAGAUACAAAUUGAUGAGCUGUCGUCUACCAUCACGAGCAAGCUGGAGUUCCUUGACAUAAACAGGAAAGGAUUAUCGAAACUUCAAAUUCUCCUCAUUGAGACACAGACUCGCUUGGUCGACUGGGUAGAGGGCGGCCUGUCCACGCAUCACCUGUUGAAGAAGCUGAAAGACGCGGACACCCAAAUCAAAGAGUACGAACUCGGCGCCGCCCCGAAGGGAUGGUCGUGUCAUUGGGACAGGGAUUAUAAACGCUACUUCUACCAGAGUGACGAGACUGGCGCAUCCCAGUGGGAAUACCCGAUCGAGAUGAGUGAGGGAUUCGGAGACGGCGUAGAGGCAAGCUCAAGCGCAUUGGAAGAAGAGGUCGACUCAAGUGAAGGAAGACAAGCGCAGAUUUUCAAUGGAAUGGAAGGCGAUGGUUCGGAUAUAACGAGCACGUUCGUCGAGGAACAAGAUCAACCGCAGGUUCCCGAUGACUUCGUUGAUCCCCCACCUCCUGCAGAGCCAUCAGAUCUACCGCCCUUGCCGGAGGAGCCAGACCCGCCUCCAUUGCCUCCGGUCUCCCCACCGCCCCCUCCCAGCUCCCCUCCUCCCCCACUCCCUCCAGACGACCCCGCACCACCCCCAGAAACUGACCAACCACCACCGCCUCCACCCGGGUUUGAGUCAAAUUUCGUCCCCCCACCUCCCCCGCCAAUAUUACCAACUGGCUACAGUCCGCCGCCCUUACCCCCAGGGACUGAGCACCCAACGUAUCAUCUAGCUCAUAGCCCCAUUCAGGAGAUCGACAUGGAAAUUGACGACAAUGAAGUAGACUCGACGGUCCCGGACCUCCAGCCUCCACCCAUGCCCCCGUACACCAAACAUCCCAUCUCAAUCUCGUCAGUAUCGAGUUCUUAUAGUGUCACACCAAUGCCCUUCUCAUAUCAAUCCACUGCCUACAGUGCCUCAACGACGGUACCUGACUACCGAGUCGCCCCACCUCCCCCACCCCCGCCCAGCGGUAUGGAGUCCGAGGACUCACAAGACGCCCUGUACCCGACUAGUUCGAUCUCCCGACUACCAACCAUUGACAAACCUGCCCACCUAAUCGCACAACCAGUCCUGUUCAAAACAUCUCAAACGGAAGCAAGUACGACAAGACGUGUCAGUCUGCCGUUUACGUUUGCGCCGGAUACGACGUCGGGCGCCGCCGUGUCGUCUACAGAGUCGGCGGUGCCGAGUACGAGUCAGCAAGGUCAUAGUGCGAGCCAGCUGGCGAUGAACUUGGCAGCAUCUGUGUCGGAGAGUGGGAAAAAGAAGAAAAAGAUCAAAAUCAAAUCCGGUGGUGCUUUGUCUCUGAAGAAGAAAAACGUUUCGUCGAUGGUCCAGAAGUGGCAGAAAGCGCAGCGAGAGGUCGAGGACGAAAUUGCUCAAGCGGCUGCCCGUGCUAUAAAAGAAGGCGAAAAUAGCAGUUGAUUGUGCGUGAAAUUGGGGACGGUUUCACCUCGUGUCGUCAGUUAGGACAAUUGUGAUCAUUGGUCAUGGUGACCGUAUCGAAUCCUUGGCUGAUUGAGAAAUUUUGGAAUGUGGGGCGGAGCUGAACUUGGAGAGUCCAAUCGAAGAAUUGUUGGGAUUGAGUUUCCUUCCCUAGAAAUGUUUUGAAAUUUUUGUACCAAGUAGGCAUUUUUCUGGGCAUCUGAGGGUUAAAAUUUCAAUUAGACGUGUUUUUUUUGGGGAGAGGUGCUCUGAAAAUUUGUUACUCUCUGACAGAAAAGGGGGUUGCAAGCCUGAUUCCCACCCCUUAAUCCACAUCUGCAUAGAAAUGGAAAAGUGUUGAUUCAGUAUUAUUUAUACUAAGUACAGUAGAACCUCUCUAUCCAGGACACCCUUGGGACUGACAAAUGUUGUCCUAAAUAGAGAGGUGUCCUGAUAAGAGAGGUCAAAUGAAUGGAAACAAUCAUUUGGGGACCAAAGCUAGUGUCCUUAAUAGAGAGGUGUCCUGAUAAGAGAGGUCAAAUUGAAUGGCAACAACCAUUUGGGGACCAAAGCUAGUGUCCUUAAUAGAGAGGUGUCCUGAUAAGAGAGGUCAAAUUGAAUGGCAACAACCCUUUAGGGACCAAAGCUAGUGUCCUUAAUAGAGAGGUGCCUGCAAAGGGAGGUUCCAAUGUAAAGCACUUUGAGGAUGUUGUAUACAUUAAAAUUAAAGAGCUUUGUAAGAAGGCCGCGGCUAUUCUUACGACGAUCCCUAAUGCAUUUUACAUACAAAGUGCUUGUUAUUCUUACGACGAUCAUUUUCACCUUUUUGGGCCUUAAUCCUAACCCUGACGCUCACCCUGACCCUUGCACUUACUCCUAGCGCCAACCCUAACCCUAACCCUUCCUUUACACUAGUCUUAUCUCCCUAGAUCCUCAGUUUAAUCUCUGAAAUCGCAUAAAUCCUAAGUUACGACUAGUCGUAAGAAUAGCCACUUUGUUGUAAGAACUUACAUUGAAAGGUCUUUUGUAAAGGCUUGUAAAAUCGCUUGUAAAUCUUUUGUGAAGUCUACAUGUAUUGUGUGUGGAUGAUUCACAUGUGAUGUUUAUUCAGUCACAGUAUUUGAUGUACUGUAAAGACUAGGAUGUUCAGUAACGAGUUUUAAUUUGAGAAGAGCCAAUAAUUGUUUUAAAAAUGUGGACAGAUGUCAUCAUGUGCAUCUUUAUGGCUGAACUCGGGGGUCACACACUGUUUUGAGUCUUUCCAAGAUUCCUGAAAAUGUCUGAAAAAAAUUAAAUUUCAGAGAAUUUUUAGUUUUGCUGAUUUCGAAACCUUUUUCGGUCCAAAAGAUACAAUUUUCAAGAACUGCAAACUAGGGUGCUGAUUAGACCAGGUUAACUACCUGUAUUACAGUACUCUGAGUACCGGUAUUCCAGUAUCAUUGGUGAAGUACCAGUAUUGCGGUACCGGUAUUCCAGUGUCAUUGUUGAAGUACCAGUAUUGCGGUACCGGUAUUCCAGUGUCAUUGUUGAAGUACCAGUAUUGCGGUACCGGUAUUCCAGUGUCAUUGUUGAAGUACCAGUAUUGCAGUACCGGUAUUCCAGUAUCACUGUUGAAGUACCAGUAUUGCAGUACCGGUAUUCCAGUGUCAUUGUUGAAGUACCAGUAUUGCAGUACCGGUAUUCCAGUAUCAUUGUUGAAGUACCAGUAUUGCAGUACCGGUAUUCCAGUGUCAUUGUUGAAGUACCAGUAUUGCAGUACCGGUAUUCCAGUAUCACUGUUGAAGUACCAGUAUUGCGGUACCGGUAUAUCUGAUCUCUUCAUUUCUUCGAAAUAAGUUAGUAGUCAACUAAUUACUGGAGUAGACAUGUUCGAUAAAGUCGGUUUGGGCUCUUGACCUGUUGGGUGUUUGACCUCGAACAAAGGGGUCACUGUGGCUUAUGGUAUUGUCCAAGGUAACAAUAUCUUGGCACGCUUGAGUUUAUGCAUCUGUUCGUUCGUUCGGUCGUCUUUGUUGAAACUGUCUAUAUUGCACACACCAUGGCCUUAUUCUUUGAGAAUUUUUGAUGUAAAUUAUUUCAUGUAAAAUAUUUUAUUUAGGACUUUGUUCAAAUUAUGACUGACGAGAAAAAAAUGGCUGUUGUUGUGGUAAACAUAGCGUGACUGAGAUUUUCUCUCAAAAAAUCGCUCAGGCAAGAACGUUGCAAUAUUUACAAUAACAAAAUUGGGGCACCAAAGCAAAAUUUAUCAGAACCACAGCUAUUUUUAGGCCUUGCUUCCAUGUAUUUUGAUGCAAAUGCAUGAGAAUCAUGUGAUUGGAUAAUAAACAAAAAAAUGAAAUGA